CUGGAGGCGGUGAGUCCGGCGUUUACCUGGAGCACCGGAGCUGCACCCUAGAACCUCUGGUGUUGGCGGGGAGAGAGAGAAAAAUAUGGAAGGCCUGCCUGAUGUUGCUUCUUUUUCAAGUCAACUCAAAAACACUCUUAUCCAGUACCAUAAUAUUGAAGAUGACAAAUGGCGAGUUGCAAAAAAAACGAAAGAUGUAACAGUUUGGAGAAAACCUUCAGAAGAAUUUAAUGGGUAUCUCUAUAAAGCUCAAGGUGUUAUAGAUGACAUUGUCAAUAGUGUAAUAGACCAUAUACGCCCAGGGCCCUGUCGCUUGGAUUGGGACCGUUUAAUGACUUCAUUGGAUAUUUUGGAGCACUUUGAAGAGAAUUGUUGUGUGAUGCGUUACACUACUGCUGGUCAGCUUUGGAAUAUAAUUUCCCCAAGAGAGUUUGUUGAUUUCUCUUACACUGUGGACUAUAAAGACGGACUUUUAUCCUGUGGAAUAAGUCUUGACUGGAGUGAAAAGAGACCUGAAUUUGUUCGUGGAUAUAAUCAUCCCUGUGGUUGGUUUUGUGUUCCACUCAAAGACAAUCCAAACCAAAGUCUUUUGACAGGCUAUAUUCAGACAGAUCUAUGUGGAAUGAUUCCUCAGUCUGCGGUGGAUACUGCCAUGGCAAGCACUUUAACCAACUUCUACAGUGAUUUACGGAAAGCCUUACAAAAGGCAUAAUAUGUUCAAACUUGCARUACUGUGACCCCUGACUCUGCUCUUUCCCUCCUGCUGCAAGUCCUCUAAAGAKCAUCUAUUUUUCUCUUCUGCAGAACCUGUAGAAACAUUUGGGAUGUUUUUUGUAGCGUAAUGUUUUAUUUUAUUCCUAAAUUAAA